ACACUUUACCCAACUCUUUCCCAUGUUCCCACUCUCGCCGCCCAAUUGCUGCUGCUGCUCGACCGCUCGUCCGCCAGCACCACCGCCAGCGCACACCCGCCCACCUCCGCCACGGCCAAGGUAGACGGUCGAUCGAGUACAGUAUCCUCCUCCUUCGCUAUCAACGACCAUGCCCAUCUUCCACGACCCCUCCGACUCCCCCGCCCGCGACUCUCAAGACUCCUCCUGGCACCAUCGGAAUGUUUCCCGACGAGAGGCACCGGCCGCAUACAACAACAUGGACGAUGGCAGACAAAGCACGCUGGAUCGUGUGUCGCUGAUCGAGAGACUAAAGCGAAGCCAGAGUCCCUCGCAGCCCGAGCCGCAGAACGUGAGCAUCUUCUGGGACAGAGGCAAUCACAGCUGGGCAACGGAGAACGAGCGGUGGCAAGACGACGCACCGACGCAUGAUUCGGACCCGCAGUCACAGGACCCGUCAGGGCCCCGUGACAAUCGCGACAAUCGCGCCGCCGGUUUGUCUAUCGAGCGCCCGCGUUCCGCCCUGCACUCGGGCGAUUUCCGUCAAGAGAAGGAUGUCGCUCAGCCAACUCCCCCGUCCAUCCUCUCCACCUCGCCCGUCGCGCCCUGGCACUAUUCCUUCCCCACCGCUGCCAUCCCCCACAUCCGCCAUGACGCCGACCAAACCUCUGAGCCCGAGUUUCCUUUCGACGAUGAAGUCUCCCACCGCCGGGCCCUGCGUUCGCGCACCACCUCGCAAUCUUCGCUAUCCAGCUUCGUCCUGUUGCCUCCGACCAGUCCGUUAGUGCACCAGUCGAACAAUACCGACCUCGAUUGGUCUCCGCGACCCAGGUCCAGGCAGUCGCCCACGCGCGAGAGGGACAAUCGCCGUCACACCUUCUCUCCCCAGUCUCUGCAGACUUUCCACGUGAACCGCACGCCUACCAGCACACCCAGCAGGCCAUUACCUUCAGUCCGCAGAGAAGGAACCUUUCCGUACCAAGCACACCAGCCCGCCCGUCGUUCUAUGAACACCUUCUUUUCCCCUCACUCCAGUUCCACUCCGCAGAGCCCGUUUCUGCGGCCUCGCAGGCCGUCCAUAUCAAGCGAGAGUUCUCCAGUCCCGCACGCGCCAAUGGUUGGAUCCUACGAGGAGUCGAUCCUUCGCGGACGGAUGUCGACGACGCCAUCUCGGCCUCUGAAUUUCGUGGCGCAGAUCGGUGUUCUCGGCAAGGGUCAGUGCAAGCCGCAGCUUCGUUGCCCUCCGCACGUUACGUUGCCCUUUCCAGCUGUCUUUUACAGCUACAACAGUGGCAAUGGGAAAAUAUCCGACAAUCAGCCAAGUCCGUAUGUGGGUCUCGUUGACCUCGAAAACCACUUGAAACCAGCAGGCGAGCAGACUGAAGGGCGGCGGAAGAAGAAGCACACUCGGUCACAUCACAGUGACAACGAGGAACCCAACUUUGGCAAUGGUCACGAGGAAGCGACGGAUGCUGACCGGAAGGCUGCUCAUCGGAAGAGGGAAAAGACGAAGCGAAGGUCCACUUCUCCAAAGUCGCCUCCUGGUGGCAGCUACCGCAUCCCGCAGCAGGGUCAGCUCCAGAUUGUCAUCAAAAAUCCCAACAAGACAGCAGUCAAGCUGUUCCUCGUCCCGUACGAUCUAAGCGACAUGGAGCCGGGCCAGAAGACCUUUGUCCGGCAACGAAGCUACUCGGCUGGCCCGGUCAUCGACAUGCCGCUCAGUUCACGGAACAAUCUGGGGACGGAUCGUCCAGAGGCCUCCCUCUCAACCUCCGACGACCCUAACGACCGCCCCAUUCUUCGUUAUCUCAUUCAUUUGCAUAUAUGUUGCCCCAGCAAGGGCCGAUUCUUUCUGUACAAAAGCAUCCGCGUCGUCUUCGCCAACCGUGUCCCGGACGGCAAAGAAAAACUGCGCAACGAGAUCCAGCUCCCCGAGCCGAAAUACAGCGCCUACAAGCCCUCACGGGACACCAACACCACACCACCAACCAACACCACCACGGCCGCCUCGCAAGCAACAGCAGCAGAAAAGGCGUACCACCGCCGCAGCGCUGGGUACGCGUACCCCUUCAGCAGCCAUCACCACCACCAUCACCACCACCGCUUCGACGAGCACGACUUUGCCACGCCGUCUCCGCCUGGCUUCAACUCGUACACGGAACCCUCGCCGCCGCCGCCGCAGCAGCAGCAGCCCAUCGCGCCGAUCCCGUUCCAGCUCUCACGUCACCAUCGUCGCCUCGAGACGUUGGAGUCGCGGCCUAGUAGCCGCGAGCAGAUGGAGCUGGACGGGACCGCGACGGCGCGGCCGAUGAGCCCGCAGGCGGCUGGGCAGGGGCAGCAGUCGCCUGCAGGGGACGGGACGUGGGAUAAGCGGGACCGGGGGAGCUUUGCGAGCGCUUCGGGUGUUGGAGCGGGGUUGUUGGCGCAGCGGUUGAGGGGGCUGGGCGUUGAGGGACGGAGGGAUGGUGGGGAUGGUGCGGGUGCUGAUGGUGGGGGUGGGGGCGCGUGAGAAAGAGGUGGGUUUGCGUGUUUAUUGGUUGAUUGAUGGAUGGAUGAAUGGAUGAAUGGAUGAAUGGGAGGAUGACCGGGGGUGUAUAAAAGCACGUGCGCGUUCCGUCUCGUUUCGUUUUAUUCCAUUUUGUUCAGUUUCGUUGUGUUGGAUUUCAUGGGUUCAAGUUGGACGCGUUGCGGUGCGGUGCAGGCGUUUCCUGGCCAGGGGCGCAAACUUAGUUCUGGAAUGCACGGCGUAGGUGUGGGUUGGAGGUUAGUUGGUUGGGAGCUUGGGCUGCUGUGACGGAUGGUGGGCUGGUUGGCUGGGUGGGUGGUUGGUUGUAAAGUAAAUAGUACAGCUGCUGGCUGGCUGGUGCUGUACGGAAAUAAUUCUUCGCUCUGG